AUGGGCGACUUAUCUUCAGUUGGUCCCAAAAUGGGUAUGAAAAGUGGUAUCCACUGGAGGGUGCCCACAGCGAUGAUUGUAUGCUUCGUCCUUGGAUUGGCACUGGCCAUCAGCCACCAUUUUUACUACAACUCGCUGAACGACACUACGGUCGGGAGCCCGACUCAACAAGCAUGGUCACUACGGAUUGGCACUGGAAUGGCCUUCCUGACAAAAACAUUCCUAACCACGGCAGUUGGCCUUGCUUGCGUCCAGAACCUCUGGUGGAUUUUGCGGUUAAAGCCAGUGAGAUUAUCAACUUUGGAUUCGAUGUGGGAUAUUCGGGGCAGCAUCUUCAACUUCUUCGAUUUCCACAUAUGGCUCAGGGGCCCAAAUGUAGCUAUUUUGGGCCUCAUAUCAUGGACGAUUCCUCUGGUUACAGUCGUGACACCAGCAACCCUGUCAGUGCAAUCUACUUUGGUGUCGAGAGUAUCGCCGCAGCAACUUUUGCCGGACUUUGAUUGGAGUUUCUACAAGUACACGACUAUGGGCGACGCCGGGCCAGGCGCACCAGCUCCAAUCGUCACUCGUUUUGUAAGCGGCGUUAUUGUGGAAGGCACGGCCCGCAAGCUUUCCGCACCGGCGCCAAACUCGACUUACACGCAUUCUUUUAUUGCGCCUUAUAUCCAGUGCGAGAAGGGUAGAGAGAGUAUCAAUGCAUCAAUGAUGGACUGGCACGCUCGUUCUGAUAUGUAUAGGACCGGAUAUCUGGGCUUUGAAGCAACAUCCGGGAAUAUAUCCUACGACCUUGAUAUGGCCUUUGACUACUUCAACCUCGCCGGCCCGUUUCCAGACACGCCGCUAGAAGAGGAUCUUGUGGAAAAAGUGAUCCUAGUUGUAGCCCCAUUCUUGCCGAAGACGUUGGUAGAGUGUGCGCUGUAUAACGCCACUUGGACCGUUGAUUUUGGUUUCCACAAUGGAGAACAGACUCAAAAUAUCACUGACAUUUCAAUCCUCAACCGCGUUCCCGCUCAUCCAAAAUUGCAAGAGACAAAAGAUUCAAAGCUAGAUCAAGAAUUCGGAUACGCUGCAAUCAUGAAUGUGUUCAAAGAGAUGUUUGUCGGUAGAUGUCGUUACAACCCUCUGGUCUGCGCAGACACGCAGAUUCUCAAAUCGGCUCUCAGCGACACGAAAGAGACGUAUGGGCUGCUGUGGUCCGACGACCCAGAUCCAGAUGUUGGUGACUUUCCGACUUUUGUCGAUGCUGCCAAUCAGCUAGGAAAAAACAUAACUCUUAGUCUACUUGCCGAUCCGUAUUUCCAUCUGAAUUCCUCCUACGCUCACACCAUCAACGUGACCAUCUACGAGCCCGAAACUAGGUAUAUAUACGCACAGAAAAACCUUUUUAUUGCCUAUGGCGUUGCGGUCUUCGUCACACUACUGUGCGUCAUCGCCGGCUUCCUUACAAUGUGGGAUAAUGGGGUUGCCUUUACCGAUUCCCUCUCUACCAUUCUCCGAACAACCAGAAGUAAGAAGUUUGAUGAGAUCGUACCGGACGACAGCACAUCCGGUGCAGACCCGCCGCCCCAGUCACUGUCCGACACUAGAGUUAUGUGGGUGUCCUCUCGUGGCAGUGAUGAUACCGCUGCCGGGUUGAAGCCUAUUCCAGCCGUCGCCGAACCGGAAAAGGCCGAGAAUACGGGCUCAUCGUCGCCCAUCGCAUUCGCCAAUAGGAUCUGGGAAAGAAAAAGUUAUCAUCAGACUUCAACGCGUGCCGAUAAUACGUCCCCUGAGGGAUUCAUCUAG